AUGCAACAGGCUCGCACUCAAUUUGAGCAGCUAUUGAGCAAGCACAAGCCAACGCCACAACUGCUGCAACGUCUGCAGUGCAACAGCAGCAAGGCCACCCAGCAUACAGCAAAAUUAUUAAAAUGGCUUAAGCUCGCACUGGCAGGCAGUCUAUUGCUUUUUGUGCUAAAUUAUUAUUACACCGAGCUGCAGGAACAGCGCUGUGCAUUAAAGCUGCCACGCCCCUUACGCUAUGCCUUGCGUCCACCUGAGCGCUGCGAUUUCUGUGCCAAUAUCAAAACAGUGCCACGCCUACGCGACCUCAGCGCCGCCAAGUUUGAGGCUGAGUAUGCGUACAGCGGCGCACCUGUAAUUGUCAGCGAUGCCAUGAAGAAUUGGACAGCCACAACGCUCUUCAACUACUGGUAUUUUCGCGAUGUCUAUGGCAAGGCUAAGCGCAAGCAGCGCAUACGCGACUGUCAGUUUCUGCCCUAUACGACGGGCUUUAGGGAUAUAUACGAGGCGCUGCAAAUGUCAGCGGCGCGCGUUGAGCUGCAGCCGGAGCAGCAGCCGUGGUACUUUGGCUGGAGCAAUUGCCAUGCGGAGACAGCCGAAGAGUUUCGCCGGCAUUAUGGCAAGCCUUACUUUUUGCCUGCAGGCUCGGAGAACAAUAACGUGGAUUGGUUCUUUAUGGGCACAGCUGGCUUGGGCGCUCAGAUGCAUGUGGACAAUGUGCGUUUGCCCUCGUGGCAGGCGCAGUUGGCGGGCAGCAAGCGCUGGCUGCUUAUGCCGCCGCCCGAGUGCUACUUCCAGUGCCGCAGCCACGAAGUAAUUGUGCAACAAGGCGACAUAAUUGUGCUGGAUACAAACCGAUGGUAUCAUCAGACCUUUGUGCAGCCAGGCGCUAUAAGUCUGACCAUAGGCGCUGAAUAUGACUAGAGAGCAACAGGAAACAAAAACACACACCAGAGUUUAACGGUAACACAAACUUGGAGUUUUACAGUUUGCAUUUGCGUUUUGCCAGCCGGUUUGCUAACUAGUUGCCAAAACACGCAAAUAUGCGCACAGUUUUUCCCUAAAAUGAAGCAAAACAAAUAAGUUAAUGUGUAACGAGACAUGU